AUGGCACAGCCGGCAACAGAAGGUGGUGGUGGUGUUGUUGUUGGUGGAGGAGGAGAAGGAGGAGGAGGAGGAGGGAGGCAGCAACAACGGCAGCAGCAGGGUGUUGGACAGAUGCUGACGGGAAUUAUAAGAGUGGCAGUGUUUUGGUAUUUCGCAUCCAAAUUCUUCGGACCUAAAAAAAGCCCUACUCAAACCUCUAAUCAGAUCUCCAAUCUCUUCCACAAAGGAGAACCUUUGGAUAUGUGGUUAUACCUUUCAGAGAAGGAACAUUUUAAUGAUUUUGGAAGUGAAGGAUCACUUUUUUGGUAUGAGACAAAUAUACCUUAUGCAGUUUGGGGUCCAGACAGUACCAGGUCUAUAUCAUUGAAGUACUAUCCUUCUGAGGCUUUAAAGCAUAAUGGGAGUCUUUAUGCUCAUGUUUUCUUUGCACGUUCUGGUUACCCACCAGAUCCCAACGAUCCUGAAUACCAGCCUUUCGCUGCCUUUGGGCGGACCCACGCUGUUGUAACCUAUUUGCCCAAGAAAAGAACCGACAAAAGGAAGAGCCUGUUGGGGAAUUCAGAAGCCCCUAGUGAUGGUGAAAGUAUCUCUGAGGUAACUGACGAUGAUCAAGUUGAAAACAGAGAACGCGGACCAGUUGAAUGGAUUUCAUAUUGGAAACCGAAUAUUACAAUCAAUUUGGCUGAUGAUUUCACGGGAUAUUCUCAAAAUGCAGUUCCACCAAAUAUAGCGCCUUUCUUGAACAUCGAGCCCAGCACAGGAAACUACUAUCCAACCAUCUUCUUCAAUGAGUUUUGGUUGCUUAAAGAUAAGUUAAUACCGUUAAAUGAGACGGUGAAUGAGUUGCCACUGCACUUAGAGGUGGGUCCCAUAAGCAUGACCAAGUGGCAACUAUUCUUGCAGAUUGAUCAAUCAUUCCAAAUUCACCGGAACUAUGGGAGCAUGCUUGAAGGUGAAGCUGAUGAACUCAAGAGAGUUUUUCUAGAAGGAAAUCCAUACCUUCUGGCCAUUACCAUGGUGGUUUCACUCCUACAUUCUGUGUUCGACUUCUUGGCUUUCAAGAAUGAUAUUCAGUUUUGGAAUAAAAAUAAGUCCAUGGAAGGACUCUCUGCAAAGUCCGUUAUUGUGAACUUUAUAUGUCAGCUCGUUGUCUUCCUCUACCUGCUUGACAAUGAGACUUCAUGGAUGAUACUUGCAAGUUCUGGCAUUGGGUGUUGUAUUGAGUUCUGGAAAAUAGGAAAAGCUAUGCACAUUGAGAUUGACAGGUCUGGUAAGAUACCAAUGUUGAGGUUCCGAGACCGGGAGUCUUAUGCUAAAAACAAGACGAAGGAAUACGAUGAUCUUGCAAUGAAGUAUCUUUCGUAUAUACUCUUCUUUCUUGUUGUCUGUUUCUCUCUAUACUCUUUGAAGUAUGAUCGCCACAAGAGUUGGUAUUCUUUUAUACUUUCAUCCCUUACAAGCUGCGUUUAUAUGUUUGGCUUUAUUAUGAUGUGCCCCCAGUUGUUCAUCAACUAUAAGCUGAAGUCUGUCGCGCAUUUACCUUGGAGGCAGAUGACCUACAAGUUUCUGAAUACAAUUAUUGAUGAUCUCUUUGCAUUUGUAAUUAAAAUGCCAACACUACAUCGACUUUCUGUGUUCCGUGAUGAUCUUAUAUUUUUGAUAUAUCUAUAUCAAAGAUGGGCCUAUCCCGUUGAUAGGAAACGGGUGAAUGAGUUUGGUUUUGCCGCGGAAGGGGAUCAGGCUUCUACUACUGAUGCAGCUGAACAAAAGGAAGAUGAGAAGAAAACUAACUGA